AUGGAAAUCAAUCAUACGACCGGCAAUAAAAUGCCGAGUCAAGAACAUUUAAAUUUUAUUAAUAAAUUAAAUGAUUCGAAAAUUCCACGACAAAGUUUAUUAAUUGCUAAUCGUUUAUUUAUGAAAAAUUUUCCUCGUGAAACAACUGGUGCUGAAAUUGAAAAUUGUUUUCAAACAUUUGGUCCUGUACAUGAUGUUAAAAUAAUUGCAAAAGAAAAUACGUAUGUUUUUUACAAAAAUUUAAUUUUCAGUGUGUGUUUGGAUGUUAAUUAUUUUGAUUAUAAAUAAAGUUUAUACUAAUACUUUUGAAAUAGCACGCAAAGCAGUUAGUUUUAUGAGAGUGAGAUUUAAAUAUCAAAAGGAAAUAAAAAAAAAUAAAUUUUAAGUUUUGUAUGAGAUCUUAGGGCAUGGUAAACAAAAGAAGUCUUAAGAUUUUCCUCCUUUGCUGUAAUUUCUCGGAAAUAGCUCGACGAAAAAAAUUAUUAAACUUCCAAAGCCCAUCCGGAAAACUCUACUUUAAUUUUUCUUAUGAUAACUAAUAUCCAUUUCAAUGAACAGUGCACUCGGUUGUAAGUUGAAUAACUUCGGCUAGGAAACAGCUAGAGACCUGCGGUUUUCAGUUUUGAAUAGAAGGGCAGCAACUUUAUAU